CCUAACUUGUGCAGCAAGCUAAAAACAGAAUCUUAAAAAAAUCAAACCUGGCUAUUCUAUCUACAAUUUUAAUAAGCCAGUUCUUCUAAAACUCCUUGAUAAAAAAACGGGGAAUCGGAGAGGACCGACUGACUUCUUCCAUUAAAUAUCUCCCUAUAGGGUUCAAAGAUUAGAAAAGAAAGGAAUCCCUCCGCACAGGAUGAAGAAAAAUACGUUGACUCAGAGUUGUCCUAACCCUAGUGGUCGGAUGAAAUGCAUGAGGCAAUACAGCAAAGUAGUUAAGUUUCCACGUGAUUCCCAUUUCAACCUGGAACAAAUUUCUCGGAGCCUCAGUUACCCUACCUGUAAAGCAGGGAUAAUAGUACCUACCUCCUGUCUCAUCAGAUUGUUUCAAAGAUUCAACGCAACACUAUACAUAAAAGACCUGAUAAGCGCUCAAUGAAUCCUAUUACUGCAACCAUUCCUCCUGAGAUUUGUUUCAGUGUAGAGUGCCAGGGGAAAAAAGGGACCUGUGACAAAUCAAGAACUUAAAGAUGAUUUCCACCGAGUCACCGCAGCUCAUGAAAUCAGUCCAAUCAACGGCCAAGCACCGUGUUGCCGCCAUAGUGUAACACAUCCCCACUCCUGGAGUGCCGAGGACCCCACUCUGGUUGGGGGUCCCUCAGGCCCACGGCCGCUUUCAAAGCUCCACAACGCUGAGAUGAGGCCCAGGCUGGUCCCGCCCAGCCACGGUUACCACGGCAUCUGCCACGGGGCCGCCACAAGGGGAAACAACCUGUUCUGGCUAAAAACGUCAAGUCCGCAAAGGUGAAGCCAACUGAAUAGCCCGAGGUAUCCAGUUAAAGCCUCUCGGCGACCUCUCCGGCCGUACCCUACAGAAAAGCGACUACGGGCUCCUCGGCCCCACCGCCGCGCCCCUGGGCAGGCCCUUCCGGCGGCCGCCACCCCUUAACCCCGGAAGUGGGCGGGAGAGGGAGGGGUUGGUGAUGCUGGAACAAACAUGGCGGUCCCGGCGCCCGUCGGUCUCUCGGGCUCCGGCUGUCCACUGCUGGCCGCAGGCCUCCGGCUGCUCCCGCUGCUGGGGAUACUGCAGCUGCUGGCCGAGCCCGGCCUGGGCCGUGUCCACCACCUGGCGCUAAAGGAUGAUGUGAGGCAUAAGGUUCACCUGAACACCUUUGGCUUCUUCAAGGAUGGGUAUAUGGUGGUGAAUGUCAGUAGCCUCUCGGUAAAUGAGCCUGAAGGAGUCACAGACAAAGAUGCAACUAUUGGAUUCAGCCUAGACCGCACAAAGAAUGAUGGGUUUUCUUCUUAUCUGGAUGAAGAUGUGAAUUACUGUAUUUUAAAGAAACAGUCAUUUUCUGUCACCCUUCUAAUCCUAGACAUCUCCAGAAGUGAAGUACGAAUAAAGUCUCCACCGGAAGCUGGUACCCAGUUACCAAAGAUCAUCUUCAGCAAGGAUGAGAAAGUCCUUGGACCCAGCCAGGAGCUUGGUGUUAAUCCUGUUUCAGCAGGCAACCAGACUCAGAAAAAGCAAGACAGUGAAAAAUCUAAAAGAAGUACAGUGGAUUCAAAGGCAAUGGGAGAGAAAUCCUUUUCUGUUCAUAAUAAUGAUGGGGCAAUUUCAUUUCAGUUUUUCUUUAACAUCAGCACUGAUGACCAAGAAGGCCUCUACAGUCUUUAUUUUCAUAAAUGCCUUGGAAAUGAAAGACGGUCUAGUGGCAAGUUUUCAUUCAGCCUUGAUAUUGAGAUCACAGAGAAGAAUCCUGACAGUUACCUCUCAGCAGGAGAAAUUCCUCUCCCCAAAUUAUACAUUUCUAUGGCCUUUUUCUUCUUCCUUUCUGGGACCAUCUGGAUUCACAUCCUUCGAAAAAGACGGAAUGAUGUAUUUAAAAUUCACUGGCUGAUGGCAGCUCUUCCUUUCACCAAGUCUCUUUCCUUGGUGUUCCACGCAAUCGACUAUCACUACAUCUCUUCCCAGGGCUUUCCGAUUGAAGGUUGGGCUGUUGUGUACUACAUCACUCACCUAUUGAAAGGUGCACUACUCUUUAUCACCAUUGCACUUAUUGGUACUGGCUGGGCUUUCAUUAAGCACAUCCUUUCUGAUAAGGACAAAAAGAUCUUCAUGAUUGUCAUUCCACUCCAGGUCCUAGCAAAUGUAGCCUACAUUAUCAUUGAGUCCACCGAGGAAGGGACGACUGAGUAUGGCUUGUGGAAGGAUUCUCUGUUUCUGGUUGACCUACUGUGCUGUGGAGCCAUCCUUUUCCCAGUGGUGUGGUCAAUCAGACAUUUACAGGAAGCAUCAGCAACAGAUGGAAAAGGUGGCAGUAUGGGGUCUCGAGCGAAUAUGAAAGCAGGAACCGCUAUUAACUUAGCAAAGCUGAAACUUUUCAGACAUUAUUAUGUCUUGAUUGUAUGUUACAUAUACUUCACAAGGAUCAUUGCAUUUCUCCUCAAACUUGCUGUACCAUUCCAGUGGAAGUGGCUCUACCAGCUCCUGGAUGAAAUGGCCACACUGGUAUUCUUUGUUCUAACUGGGUAUAAAUUCCGCCCAGCUUCAGAUAACCCCUACCUACAGCUUUCUCAGGAAGAAGAUGACUUGGAAAUGGAGUCUGUAGUGACAACAUCAGGUGUGAUGGAGAAUAUGAAGAAAGUCAAGAAGGUGACCAAUGGCUCCCUGGAGCCCCAGGGCGAUUGGGAAGGCACUGCGUGAUGGAGCCAACUUUGAAGAUGGCACUGUCAAAGAAAACUUUUAAUUUAUUAAUAGUCCCAUUGGUGAGCAAAAGCAGUUGGCACCUCCUGACAGUGACACCACAGAGCGCGUGACUGGGAGCAAAGUGCCAUGGAAACCUAAUUUUUUCCUUUCUUUUAUGAAAACUGGAUCUGUGGCUGGUUAUAGGCAGCUAGAAUUCUCUUUCACAUGGGAAUGGUGGAGAGGGAGUGUAGAGAAGAGGAGGAUAAAAGGAAGAAUUUGUUUUUAAUUUUUAAUAUAUAUUUCUUUUUAUUGGGAGCUCUUAAGGUAUAUGCACUUGUGACUGUGUUGCAGCAUAGAAACAAAUGUUGGUGAUUUCAGGGGAUGGGGAAAGGAAGGCAGGAGGUGUGUGUAUUAUGCCAAUCACAGUUGAGGAACAGGACUUUGGGAAAUGAGCAAACGUUGAGUGAAGAUACAAGGACUUACAAAGACAUGAAAGAGGGAGAGUAUUAUUGCAUCUUUCAAGGACAAAAAUAAAUGAAAUUAGAUUGAGAAAGCAAAAUAGGAAUCACCUUGGUCAAAAUCCAAUUUGGUCUGAAGAGCCUGCCCCCAAGAUUUCUAGCCCUGGAUGUUGCCCCAGACCUUUAUUCUGGAUUCUGAAAGUGACCAGGAACCUACAGCUUUAGAGGCCCAGUGUUCUUUUCAGAAAGAGCUCUGUCAUUUGAGGGCUGUAAUGUCACUGUUGGGGUCACAGACCUAGGACAGAGCCUGCUUGGCGGAAAAUGGCUUUUUGAUUGAAAUAUAUUCUGAAUUGCCUGAUGGAUAGAAAGAAUAUAUUUUUAAGCUCAGAAAAACAUUCUCCUGUAGGAUUUCCCCAAACAUCUGACCUCCCUGGCUGCCCAGAGCAGCACCAGCUCUUGUUUCACUCUUUUCUUAUGGCUUGUAUGUGUUUUUGUGUGUGUGUGUGUGGUCAGAAUAUGGAAAAAAAAUGGGAAGGAAUUUUUUCUAAGGAGCAGCUGGUGAAGAAAGGUAAUGUUUAAGCAAAUACUUAAGUAUAAGCAAAUCAUCAUCAUUAAAAAAGCUUUUCCUAUAGACUAAAUAAGAUUUCUAAUAGAGGAAUUAAAGAGAUCUGAUCCCUGUAUUCUAAGAAUAUGUAUUUGAAGAAAAUGAGUGCAUUAAACAGUUUUACUUUCAGGGAUUCGGGGAUAGUGAAAUCUGUCACUGAAACUCAGUGAGGUUCCCUUCCAAUCUUUCAGAGCGUGGGGAUGAACAUGGGUAGCUGCAUAAAAUGAACAGUAUUGCAACUUGUAGAUAGUCAUUUGAAUAAUGGGACAAGCUCAGAAGAGCUAUCUGUUUUGAGUAAGGCCCUACAAGUACUUGGUGAUAAUUUCUCAUUGUGUUUUUGGUAGCUCAGGACUGAGUCAGGAGACUGAAAUAUGGCCCCAUCAGGAAAGUUGUUUAAAUGCUUGGGUGCCAUCUGGAUAGGGUCGCUUCUAGUGCCCAGGUGUGUCAGAAGCUAGAGCCCAUCCCUGCCUGGGCUCAUCAGUAAGUUGCAUCUGUAAGAGACAAGGGCCUCCUUGGGAGUGGACAGUGACAGUCUCUGGAUGUUGUUCUCUUACCUCAAGCUUGGAAGUGUCAGUCAGAAACAAUGGGAUUUGUAGGAGGUGAUCACUGUCCUAGGUUUGGGAACCUGUAAAGUCUCUACUCAGAAAACAGUUGUUUUCCCUUUCCUGAUCAUUUUCACUUCCUAAAUGACCAAUGAGGAAGCAAGCAUUCUUUUACACACUUUUAUCAGCUAUUUGUGCUCUGCACAGUCCAACCUUCACAAAGUCUCAGUUCUGACUAAGCACAGAAUCAAAGCAAGCAUCUUCCACCUCUGGACACAUGGUUUAGGGAAGCAUUCGUUUAUCUGUCCAUCUGCAGGAGAAAGGUAAAUAUGCCCUGAGUAUUAAUUUAAGGAAUUUUUUUAACAUUAACUUGUAGCUAUGUGACAGGAAAAGGAAGUUGGAGGGAGAAUGGGAAUAUUUUUAACAUUUCGUUUCCUGUGCAUAAACAUGAUACCAGUGCUACAGAAAUGUGUCCUGUGCUGUGGCCACCAAAAACCCUUUUAGGUACUUCUGCAGAGGGAUGCAUUUGCUGUUCUCUUGCAAGCAGAUGUUGUUGACUAAGCGAUAGAUUUCUUGGCAAGAACAAAAGGGUCUCCAUGGAGGGUCUUCUUUUCAUGUGCUUGGAUUUUAAAAUAAAGAAGUAAGUGAGUGAAGGAGUGAGAGGGAGAACGAAAACGUGUGUGGACAAGCACUGUUAUCUUAGUCUGACUGAGUCAGCCUGACUGAUUCAUCCCAGGAGCCUGGCUGCUGCUGCCACCCCUGCCUCCUCUACUGGCAGAUACCGAGCCUCAGCGACUAUAUUAGCAUGCAAACCUGAGUCUUGGGCCUCUCUGUGGGGCAGAGCAUUCUUUAAAUCCCAUGCAUACCUCUAGGCUCACUCAUAGAAUUGCUGGGUUGCUGCAAUUUUAUAAACCUGACCCUUCUGGAGUAGGUGAGAUACAGUAGCAUUUUAGAAAUAAAGGCCAGCACAGCCUUCCUAACAAGCAGAUCGUUUGCCUAUAUCUUGAAGUAAAUGGUAGAAGGUUUGAGGUUAAGCCAAUAAUUAAGAAAACUCAAAAACCUAGUCCAAGAUUGAGAAAAUAGGUGGGAGUUCAAGUUUGAAAAAAAGAACUAUACUUUCCAUCAGUUCUGUAAAUUUUUCUUCUCUUUUUCCAUCACUUAAUAGCUGUGACCCAGUGUUCAGCUCUGCUCUUGAGUAGAUGACUGAUAGGGGUCCAGAGCCAAGUAGUUUUUCCAGCUAACAAGCCCUUUUCCUGCAGCCUAUUUUAGCAGCCCACUUGGGUUCAUUAUUGUAAUACAGUGUUUGAAUGGUGAAGCCCUUUCAGUAUAUCAGGGAUUGGGGGGGGGUGCUGAUUGGGUGCACAUUGCAGAGAGAUUGAUGGUAUUUAUAGCUUACUUUGUUCUCCUACUCACUGUUUCUACCUACACAAAAUAUCCAUGUUUCCUUUGAGAAAUCUGUUGUGGAUGGGAAGUGCUGCUGACCGUGAAAUUUUAGGAAGUAAAGGGUCUUGUUUUCUUUUAGUAAAGUUUGUGUUUUACUAGAAGAUUAUUUCUUGGACAAGUGUUAUUUUAAUCCUUCCUCUUAACAGUGACCAAGGACUCAAUCAGCUUGUUUCUGGGUCCCACAAUGCUUUAAAAUUUUAGUAGCAAUGUAUUUUAUACUGCUGAGUAUGACUCUGGUGAAUUGGCAGUUCAUUCUCCUGUAUGGAAAAGCUUGCUCCAGUUUUAAGAUGGUUCCUCAGACUAUGGCCUGAGUCAGUUCAGUUUUCUUUCAAGAAACCACUUUACAGUAAAAUUUCCAGGGUUUUUUUUCCCCCUGGACAUGCCCAGCCAGCCACAAGGCUUCAGCACAGUGCCUAAUCUUAAGUCCAUUUCAUGCAAUUGUUAUGGUGAGAUUUCCAUUCCUGCAUUAUGGUCUCAUCAAGAUCUUUUCUCUUUUGUUCCCACCCUGCUGUCCCUCCUUCCCCCCCCCCCCACUUCCUCCAGCCCUCCUCUACCCCACUUUUGCCCAUGCCUGUUGAUUGCUCAGUUCCAUAGAGGCUCAGUCUGGGAAUGAGGGCUAAAGGCUUUGGUGUACUGCAGCAUUUUCUCCCAGCAGCUAUGUGAAGGAUAUAUUUUCUAAACUAGGGGAAUUUUAUAAAGACAGGAUAUACUAAUGCUAUUUUUAUUGCUUUGGGCUAUGUAUGAUGUUCGUCCCCAACACUAAAAAGUAUGUCUUGUUUUAGUAUUUAGAAGCAGGUACUACGGGAAACCAGUCCUUACAGACCAAGGAAGAGUGUAAAAGAUGGCCACUCUUCCACUCCUGUUUCUACACUCCAUGCCUCACUCCUUUGCUUUUCUCUGACCUUGCCCUGCUUUUAACAGAUUCAGAAUAUGACGAAUCCAGGAUGCCAAUGGCCUCCUGCUCUCCCCGUCCCUGCUAGGAUUCAGUAAGUUAAUGGCUUCCCACUAGAGAAGUUAAGACUUUGAUUUGAUACCUCUUGGUAUACCAAAAAGAUAUUCAUCUGGAAUAUGCCAAAUGUUCUAAAAGAUCACUUUAAUCCAAUUUUUCUUAUGGUGUUUUUGGUAUGGAGUGUUUAAAAGUCAUCCACUUGAGUUGAUGCUAAUACUUGUCAUCACCCGGAAUGUAGUUAUUGAUCGGCAGGCAAGCUGAACAUUCUCCAAAUUCCCCAGCGGCCUCUUGUAUUCUGAUGAUACAUCUGUGCCCUCUCUUCAUGGUUUAUGCUUGAAAAAAUAGGUAAUGAUUUUAGAUGUCUCAUCCUAGGCCAUGGGGCAGGCAUAUCCCCUGAGAUGCUGAGGGAAGAAAGCACACUGAGGGAGUAGGGCAAGUAGAUGGGGCAGCAAGGGUUUGUUUGAGUUGCAUCAGGAACCUGUUCAAAUUCUGAUGGCAGGAAGUUUGCAGACAGGCCAUUUGGGAGGAAGAUUUCUAGAUUAAGCUAGCAAAGUUCAAAAUGAAACAAAAAAGCAAACUCAUCCCCAGGACAGUGAGUUUAUUUUGAGGCAAGGUUUGAGGUUUUGUAGUGGGUAGCCAAAUCACACAGGAGGGCUGGAUGAGUUGGACUUGUUAGCAUUUAAGAUACUGUUACAGAAGGAUCCAAAAAUCCUGGACACACAAGGGAGUUUCUUGACUCCUUAAGCAACUUUUACAGAUUGCAAACUGGAUUUGCCUAGACCUGUGACCACAAAUCAGACAUAAUUAAUCCAUGAAUAAGUUGGGUAGGGCUUGCAGGUCUGUAAAUAUUUUGCUUUAUAGGUUAAGAUUGGGAUGCAGAAGGAUUUGUCAUUUUUUUUUCACACUAAUCAUUGAAGAGUACAUAAACAUAAUGGGGGUCGGGGUUUAGAUCAGGAUGAUGUAUGGGAUGGUUUCUCUUGCUUUGAUGCAAAUGUGCAAAAUAAAGAUUCUAUGACAGAAAUGUA